AUGCGGUUCAAUUGGGAAACUUUGAAAGGACCGGCUGCACAUGAUGUGUAUAUGAUAGUCACACCAAAAGUUCGAGAGGAAGUUCGACGGCACUUCAACUGUUCGACCUUGGAGGGAGCAGAAUUGGAAAAUCAGGGUGGCCGCGGAACGGUAGGCGCUCACUGGGAGAAACGCAUUUUUGAGGUGAAAUUGUAUUUCCACCUUAACAGCAACUUAUACGAUUGA